AUGCCCAGAUCUAACAAUAAUGAUAUUGAAACAGAUGGCGAUUUUUAUCCUGGACGUUCGGACAGUUGGAAUGCUCUUGAUGGUACGUGGACCAGAAGAUUCCUGCGCGAAGUAAUAGAGAUGGACCGAUAUUUAUACAAUGACAUGAAAAAUAAGGUAAUUUCGUUUCAAUUAAAUUGUGGAAAGGGAACUCCUGAUCAGCUACCUCCUGAUUCAGGGAAGCAUCAGCUACCUCCUGGUCCUCACCUUCGCGAUUCCACUUGUUCUUUUUCUGUGGAUUCAGAACAUGCUGACUUAACUAUAUAUCAUUUUUGGGAAGAGGUGAUAUCAAAAAGAAAUCGACUUAAACUCAGAAAGGAACUUGAUGCUGAGAGUAUCGAACUAUUAAGAAUAUCAAGCAAAUUCCAGUCACAAAACAUUCAAAAAGAUUACGAAGAUUUGAUGAAUCCUUCGUGUGACAAGCAUUUUCUUGAUAGCACCGCAAAUAAUGAAAUAAUAGCUAAAAAGAUUAAAACCAACCAAGAUUCUUCCAAGAAAAAAUUACCACCAAACAUGCUUCCUGAUGGUACCAGAUUUGAUAAAGCGACUCCGCUGAAUCUCAUACCGUCAGACGAAAGUGAAGACGAAAGUGUAGAUGAUAAUCCAUCAUUAAUAUUCGUUAAUGAUGACGAAGAUGACGAAAAUGAUAAUGUUCCUGAUCCGAAUGAAAUUCCUGAUUUAUUCCCUAACCCGCAAAUGUGGAGUCUUCCUUCAGGCAAAUCUGUUGAAGAUAUCUUCGCAAUGAAUGUGUCCAAAUAUUCAAAAGCAUAUAAACAGAAGAAAAGGCUGACAUCUAUAGAAAAGGCAACCUUACGAUACGGUGCUUCAAAAAUAAUAGAUUUGUCUGCACACAUGAGAGCUUGGUUUCUCCUACCUGAUAGGCAUUUUAUGACCAAAAAUCAUGAGACAUUGCUUACCAUCCCGGAACUGCCCGAUGAUGUCAACACGUUUAUUUUAAAAGUUGAAAAGGAGUUUUCCGUGCGUGCUACUACUGAUAAGACAAUUUCUGAUCGAUGUCGUUCUGGCCGUAUCAACCAAUCAAUUUUAAAUGGUCUACUGAGGCUCGACUGGAAAGAUGAACAAAUAAAACUUGUAAAAGUGCCUUUCAUACAGUUUGCUGGGAUUAAUGGUCAGAUGUUGAUAGAAGUUUUGAUGAACGGGUUCUAUAUAAUUUCAGGACCAAAAUUUCAGUUGCCCACCAAGCUUGCUCAGAUCGAAAAGCUAAAGUCAACUGUAAAAGUCACCAAAUAUAUCAUGGAAAUGUAUAGAGAAAUUAGCAAUUUAAUAAAUAAUCUAGAGAUCGGGUAUCAUACUUUUGAUGAUAUCUUUAAGGUCGAUGAGCCUGACACGACUAACGAAUUUUCUAAUUAUCCGCAAGACAAACAAGAACGUUGGCAAGAUAAAAGUAAUAAUUAUCAUCAAGCAAAGGUUAUGGAAAUAUGGACUUUUAAGCAUUGA